AAAUGGACAACUUUUCCUACCAUAAGAUGUAUCUGCAGUUAGACGAGGGAAGCGUUACCUUCAACGCCGACUCUCAGAUGGGAAUGGAUUACUUCUUCAAACACGAACUGCUGGACAACAGGCCGUCAGAGAUCGCGAAGUUCUUUCAUUUGGCGAAACCGCUGGACAAACGGCAGAUGCGGUUAUAUCUGAACACUCGGCCGGAAAUACUGGAUAUACUGAUCAAUAUGCAGGACUUCGAGAACCAAUUCCUGCCGCAGGCGUUGCGCCGCUUCUUCGCCGUCCUUCAGGCGCCCGACAAACGCGACCAUUACUUGCAUCUAAUGGUCGACAAGUUUUCGCACCGCUUCUGCAAAUGCAAUCCGUCGCUCGGCCUCAACGCCGACAUGAUUUACGUGCUGUCCUUCUCGUUGAUCAUGUUGUCGGUCGACCUCUCGAGUCCGCACAUCAAGAACAAGAUGUCUAAACGCGAGUUCAUUCGCAACGUUAGACACGCCAUACAUAAGAUGGACGACGAGCUGUACGGACACCUCUACGACGAUAUCUAUCUUAAGGGUCACAUCGCUGUCAACACCAAAACCUGACCGCUCUCUCGGGGCU